GAAGUGAGUCUGCGAAGGGAGACGAAGAGGAGGUAAUAAUCGGAUACAAUACAGUUACAGUCGAACCGAUAGGCUCGGUUCGGUUAGAAUUCCUCAUCUGGCGCGUUUACCUCGCGGCCUCAAUUCUUGUUUCCUACACCAUUGUUGCGCCUACAUAUCGAAUAGCGUAUCAGAAUGUUGCCCUUAUCUCUCCUCAAUGCCGCCCAAAAUAAACCAAUGUUAGUCGAGUUGAAGAAUGGGGAGACCUUCAACGGACAUCUUGUCAACUGUGACAACUUCAUGAACAUCACCUUGCGAGAAGUGUACCAAACGAACCCUGAAGGCGACAGGUUUUGGAAGCUGAAGGAAUGUUACAUCCGUGGAAGCACAAUAAAGUAUCUGCGUGUACCUGAUCCACUACUAGACCUUGUCAAGGAUGAACAGACCAGAGCAAGAGAAGCUGGUCGAAGUGCAAGAGGGGGUCCUGGUGGUGGCAGAGGUACCUAUACUAACCAUGUCGUAUGGGCCAAUACACUGACGCGUUUUUGUUAUCUCAGGCAGAGGGGCGCCACCAAGAGGGCGAGGUGCGGCGCGUGGUGGGCCAAUACGUGGAGGGAGAGGGCGUGGACGUGGAGGUUGAAGACUACUUUGUAUACUUCGUGCGUAGUUCGUAUCUCAUCCUCAUCUUGUGGGUCUUCAUUUUGCUUGUGAUGUCAGGACCUGUGUAUUAUAGUAUCAUAUGUUUCGAACAGAUGCACCCACUCUUUGUGAUGGCUCCCGAGGGACAGGAAAUACUUCUUUUAUCCUUAAGAUUCGUCAUAUGACAUUGCUGUUGCAAGCUGAUACCAUGAAGUCCGUGAGCGUGGUUCUCGCUGUCGUUCCACGCCGCUAUCGCAGUACGUCUCUGAAAUCCAAUAAACCAUCCGUGUAUGAUAUUCCAAACCCAACUAGAACGUGGAUAUAAAUACA